CAAACUCAAAAAAGCUCAAGGAUUGAAACAAAAAUGGAUUUAAAUUCUCAAAUUUUCAGCAAAUUUUUCUAGAGGUGGUCGAAAACGUAAGUCAUCGACGGCUUGAACUCGUUGUUGCCAUCGUGUUUUUGAUGCCGUCGCCAGAGAAGAAUGGUGAAUCUCUCGGCAUCGCGAGGCCAGGCGGCGACACGAGAUCGCUGGUCGGGACGCGCUUAGAUCUAAUCGCUGGGAUCGACCUCGAAACGGAGAUUUACUUGCGGCCAUCUCUGUCGCGAAGAUCUUGAGGCGGCCGUUCACGUCGUGAGGCCUCGCAACAAUUGUCGCCAUCGUCGUGGCUCUGCCUCGGGCCGAUGACGGUGGAUCACAUUCGGCUUUCUCGUCGGAGAGAGUUGAAGAGAGAAGGAAAAUUAGGGGAUUUGAAGACAGAGAAACAGAGAGAGGCGAAGAGUAAAAAAAAAAAAGGCGCUAUCCGAAUUGGACGAGGUCCUACAGUGGUUAGUGGUUGGACCCUAUUCUUAAUAAUAAAAAAAAGAAAAAAAACAGGAAAAAAUUUUCCUUAAGCUUUCUCGGAUCUCUCUUUCUAGUCUCUCGCACACACAGAGUAACAGACAUGACUUCAGCAGUUCAUCUCCUCCAAUAUCUCCCGCCAAUAUCUUCCACCAUGACUCCGAAACAGAGGCUGAAGCCUUCAAAACCAGCUCAUAAUACAAAACUAGAAUCGCGAAGAGCUUGUUCAUCUCCUUGUUUAACAGCUUCCUCUUCAACAACAAGUGGAAGAAGAAAAGGCCCAGAUGACUACCACGCCACUCUCAAAGCUCUCAACUCUAAAGGCCGCUUUCCACGAAAAUCUCUCGGCCAGCACUACAUGUUGAACUCUGAGAUUAACGAGCAGCUAUCAAGUGCGGCUGAUGUUGGAGAUGGUGAUGUGGUGCUAGAAAUUGGGCCAGGAACUGGCUCUUUGACUAACGUUCUUUUUAGUGCUGGUGCUUAUGUUAUCGCAAUUGAAAAGGAUCCGCACAUGGCUGCACUUGUGAGUGAAAGAUUUGCAGACACAGACCGUUUGAAGGUCCUAAAUGAAGACUUUCUCAAAUGUCAUAUUCGCUCACAUGUACUAUCAGUAUUGGAAAGUAAUAAGUCAUCCGAUUUGAAUUCAGGAUAUGCAAAGGUGGUCGCAAAUAUACCAUUUAACAUAAGCACGGACAUAGUUAAACAACUUCUUCCAAUGGGUGACAUUAUUUCAGAAGUAGUUCUCUUACUUCAGGAGGAGACAGCUUCGCGCUUGGUGGAAUCAUCUUUGUGGACACCUGAAUACCGACCGAUCAAUAUCUUUGUCAAUUUCUAUUCAGAUUCGGAAAUCAAACUUAAGGUGUCAAGGACAAAUUUCUUCCCUCAGCCUAAUGUUGAUGCUGCUAUUGUAAAAUUUAGGCUGAAGCGAGCUGAAGACUACCCCUCAGUUUCCUCCACCAAAAGCUUCUUCUCAAUGAUCAACUCUGCUUUCAACGGGAAACGAAAGAUGUUGCGAAGAUCGCUACAACAUAUCUGCUCAUCCUCUGAGAUUGAGAAUGCUCUCAGGAACAUUGGCCUUCGACCGACAUCAAGACCGGGAGAGCUGGCCUUAGAUGAUUUUGUGAAGCUUCAUAAUUUGAUCAUGGAAACCUAAUAAUUCCACUGGUUUUACCAAAGUGCGCCUCCAUAGAACAAUGUUGGGUCAUAGAAGGCAAACAUGUGGAUAUCUAAUAUCAAGGGCGUUGUAAGGCUUCAUAAUGUGCAUCAUAUAACUAAUGAACAGUGAGAGAAGAGCCUAACAAUGAAAGCAAAGCUGGAGAAGUUUCCAUUAUUAUUAUUAUUAUUAUUAUUAUUAUUACUAUUAUGGGCAAUCCAGAAAGUUCGAGACGCAUCGAGGGCUUGGCAGCAAAUUUUCACAUUGGUUACUUAAGUUUAGGCCCCAAAGUAGAUAUUCACAAAACAAAAAA